AUGAGCACCUGGAUGAACGAGGCCGCGGUCCCCAACCACAAUGGCAACGGCUUCCCACACAUGAACGAUCCCAACGCGGCCGGAGCCAUGAUGGACCCCUCCGCCUUCAUGGGCAGCCCUGCCCAUUUCAAUCCGGCCCAGUUUGCCAAUCCUCAACAAGCCCAGCAGGCCCAGCAACAACAGGUUCAGCAGCAACAGCAGAUGGCUGCCAUGCAAAAUGGCCAAAUGCGCAACGCCUCUCCGUCAUCCUUCCAGAAUCCCGCCUAUCAAACAAACCCCGUUAUUCCAUCGAAACGACCUCGCCCUCGCGAAGACAGCCUCGCCGGCUCACCGCGACAAAAUCCCGGCAUGUUGCCGACUUCGCGCUCCGAAACGCCCCAGACCUUCCCGGGCUACCAACCCGGUAUGCCCCAACAGGCGCAAGGUCAACCCUCGCCGUAUCCCCAUCUCCAAGCCAACGGCUCUGCGAACGCGACACCAUCACCCAUCAUGGCUAACCAGUUACGACCUGGAAGCGUGCCGCAGCGGGUCGCGACGGCGUCACCACACCCGUUCUCACCCGGUGCGCAACAAUUUGCGCCUCAAGCAUCACCAAACCCCUCCGAACACAGCACACCACAACCCAACCACUUUAUGCAGCAAAACAUGCCCAAUAUGCCACAGGGCUAUAACCCAAACUUCAACCCUUCGCCCUCCCCCGCGCGACCCUCCCCUAACCCGAAUGCGAUGGCGGGCUCUGGCAUGAUGCCUCAGCAGAUGGGACAGAUGCCCCAGCAAAUGGGUCAGAUGCCGAACCAGAUGUUACCCCCCAACAUGCAACCGCGGAAUGCCAUGGAACACCAACAGAUGGCAGCUUACCAGGCGCGUCUGCAGAAACAGUUGCAACAAGGGACGAUGCAGGGAAUGCAGAAUAUGCAAAAUAUGCAAAACAUGCAAAUGGCUGCCCAGAUGCAGGCUCAGAACAUGGCGCAAGGGCGUGGGAUGAUGCCGAAGCAACCCAUGCAGAUGCCCAACGGCCAAAUGCCCCCGGGCGGCAUGAGACCCCAACCCCAGCAGCGACAGAUGCCUCGAACUGAUCCAGAGCAGUUCAUGAAGAGCCUGACCACUUUCAUGACCGCCAAGGGCCAACAGCUCGACGCGAAUCCGGUCAUCGGCAACCGGCCCGUCAAUCUCUUGACAUUAUUCCAAGCCGUGCAAAGCAAAGGGGGUUACAAGCCUACAACCGCUAGUAAUCAGUGGCCUCACGUUUCCAACAACAUUGGAUUUCACCCGGGCCAGAUCCCUCAAGCGCCUCAGGUGUUGAAAGAGAUAUACGAAAGGAAUCUGCUCAGGUUUGAGGAGGCGUGGGUUGCGCAGCAAAGUCGGCAACGCAUGAUGCAACAACAGCAGCAGCAGCAAGCCAUGCCAAAUCAGCCAAUGCCCCCUGGGGCUCAGCCUCAGACAACACCCACAAAGCAGAUGUCUCCGCAAGGGCCGAUGCCACCCCAGCAGCAGCAAAUGAUGCAGCCUGGCCAACAGCCACUGCCGCCUCAAGCCCAAACUCCCGUUAAGCAAGGGUCUUUCAGUGGCCAGCCUCCGUCCGUGAACGGUUUUCAAACACCUCAAGCUCCGGGGCCACAUACGCCAGCGAGUGCGCAGCAAGGUCAUGCUCGGAACAGCUUGUCUCGCAGUGUAGAGCCGACCCCGGGCCAUCCUCAAGGCUUUCCUGCAGCUUCUCCGGCGUCCGUCAAGGGUGGGGGACUACCCAUGCCGGCGCCUCCUGGACUGGACCAAAACCCCAUGGCAGCUUCAAUCAAGCCUCGUAUGUUGCGGCUAGCCCAAGAAUCGGACGAGUACACGCCCAGCGCUCGCCCUCUGGAGACCUAUGGCGGUAUCAACAUCCGUGCUUUCGAUCUGAAGGGCCUGGAGCUCCAGGGCUUGAAGCCCGACAUUCCACCACAAUACGAACUUGGAUAUGUAGAUUUGCAUGCUCUCACACGAAGCUUGGAGUCUGGAAUCCACGGCGAAAUACGGCUUGCUCUUGACACCCUCGCCACUGUCACUGCCACCCAACACCAGGCCUUGCAUAUUCACCUCAAGUAUUGCGAAGAGCUCAUUGAAGCACUGCUGGAAUGUGCCGAGGACCAGUUGGACUUGCUUGUCGAAAACACGGAAGAGGCCUCCUCAGACAUUCAGCUGACUCCCUACGAGGACGUAGCUCGUGCCUGCUGGACCGAUAAAAUGGGCGUGAAGGAGCUGCCCAAGUUCGGAUCCCCCGAGUACGAACUUGACCGUGCUGUCGACCGAUUUUCCUGCGUCAUCACUAUUCUACGCAAUCUUUCCUUCCCAGAAGCUUCAAACGAGAACCACCUGGUCCUCGGCGACGAGCUGGUCAUCAAGUUCCUCUGCGCCGUUAUAAGAUACCUUGGCACGAGGACCAUGUUGUUCCGGACAAGUGCAAACACUCUGGAGUUUAUGAAAGACGCCAUCAUCCUCCUCUCCAACAUUGCAGGCGCAGUCGAGAUUCCUGGCCGUGAGCAGGCCCUGUGUCUUUUGCACUUUCUGUUAGCAUUCGCACCAGCACCUGGACCGGCCGUCGUGGACAAUAAGCUCUACUUCCCACCCUACCAACCUGGGGUUCAUACAUACACUUUCCACGCCGUUGAUGCGCUGGCUAGGUUCCUGGCUCGUGACGAGCCGAAUAGGACGCAUUACAAGACGCUCUUUGCCAUGGAAGCCAACAGUAGUCCGCCAUACGACUUGUUGACGCGCUCAUUUGCUCUGGCUACCACGGUCAUACCCAUCCAGUCACCAGAAUCCAUCGUCGCGCACAUCGAGGUUCCUGAAAAGUUCUUCAGGCUCGUUGAAGACCGGAAGCCUUGGCUGAUGCAGGGUCUCCUGGCUACAGAUAUCAUCGCAUCUCUCGCACCCGGAUAUGAGACAGGGGUUGCGAAAUCAUGGUUAUCUAGUGGCAAUGGGUUCGCUCAAUCUCUUUACCACUUUGUACAAGUGCUUGGGGCUCAAUUCGAGCAGCCAUGGCAAACGCGGAGUGGUCAAGGUGACCCCGCAGGCCGAGACACUGGGCUGGUUUACAUCGCAACUUCUGGCAUCUCAACCCUUCGGAGGUUGGCAGAGAAGGCACGGGAUCCCAACGACCCCAACUCGUUAGUCCCCGCGGACUCAUUGCCGUCCGAAGAAAGCCUUUUCAAGAUGAUGCUGAUGCGAUCCCCCGAAUGGACAAAGGACGGGGUGAUGAGAAAUCUUGCUGCGUAUGCCUCGCUGGAGUCAUAG